CCCGAGGUGACGUCAGGAGGAGCGCUGCUGGUGAGGUUGCCAAGUACGGACUCCGCGUGAGAGCGCGCCGAGUUGGAGAGACAGACGGACACAGGACACGGCUGCUGGACCUUAUUGACUGUUGCAUUUCAGUAUUGUUUCUGACCGUAACAACAAGAAGAUGCCACUGGGUGACGAUUGCCAUGCAUGGAAAAAGAAGACCACAGAUGUGAAGGAUCAGUAUGACUUCAAAGAGAUCCUGGGAACGGGAGCUUUCUCUGAGGUGGUCCUGGCUGAAGAGAAGAGGACCCAGAAAUUGGUGGCUAUCAAGUGCAUCCCCAAGAAGGCAUUAGAGGGCAAGGAAACCAGCAUUGAGAACGAGAUAGCAGUCCUGCACAAGAUCAAACAUGCCAACAUUGUUUCUCUGGAAGAGAUAUUUGAAAGUAAAUCACACCUCUACCUUGUCAUGCAACUGGUGUCUGGCGGGGAACUCUUCGACCGUAUCAUAGAGAAGGGCUUCUACACAGAAAAAGAUGCCAGUAAGCUCAUUCAGCAGAUUCUGGAUGCCGUUAAAUACCUCCACGACAUGGGCAUUGUACACCGUGACCUCAAGCCAGAGAAUCUGCUGUACUACAGCAUGGACGAAGACUCCAAAAUCAUGAUCAGUGACUUCGGUCUGUCUAAAAUUGAGGGCUCUGGCAGUGUGAUGUCGACAGCCUGUGGGACACCUGGAUAUGUUGCCCCUGAAGUGCUGGCUCAGAAGCCCUACAGUAAAGCAGUGGACUGCUGGUCAAUUGGUGUCAUAGCCUAUAUUCUGUUGUGCGGUUACCCUCCAUUCUAUGACGAGAAUGAUGCCAAACUGUUUGAACAGAUCCUGAAGGCAGAAUACGAGUUUGAUUCUCCUUACUGGGACGAUAUCUCUGAUUCAGCCAAAGACUUUAUAACCCACCUGAUGGAGAAAGACCCCAACAUACGUUACACCUGUGACCAGGCUCUGCAGCAUCCUUGGAUUGCUGGUGAUACUGCUUUGGAUAAGAACAUCCAUGAGUCUGUCAGUGCUCAGAUCAAAAAGAAUUUUGCUAAGAGCAAGUGGAAGCAAGCAUUCAAUGCCACAGCAGUGGUUCGUCACAUGAGGCGCCUCCAGCUGGGCACCAGUCACGAAGGACCCAACCCCACCCUGCCCAGUCCUUGCCGAACUCAUCUGCUGGAAGACGCAGGUACAGGAGCGUGCUGUGAAGGAGGGUGCCCCCAGAACGUCGAGAGCGGAGCUGACCCUCUGUCCAACUGCACCUACCGCUGCCAUCCAACCAGCAGGGUGUGACCCCUGCACCUGCUCCAUGUACCUGUCUAAUCAAUCCCAGUGACUUUCCAAUUUUAACCCCCUCGGUGGAACCAGAGGCACUAUCUCCCCCCUUAUCUGGUUAGGAAUACAGCGUCAUUCCAACCUCUCACCUGCAGGGGGAGCAAGCCUGUCCAGCCUGAGAAGGAAGACAUAAAAUGCAAUGAAAGGAGGAGGAGGAGGAGGGAGAUGAUAAUGAUGAUGAUUUACCAGAGAGGAUUACUUUUACAGACUGGGCUGGUAGUUUGGGAUGAGUUGAAAUAGGGAGAGGAUACAAAGGAAGGAGGGGAAGAUAAACUCCUCCACCAGCAUGUCAGGGGGAUUGUUUUUGCCGAAGCAGGACAGAGCUUGUUGGACACUGUUUUUACUCAUGAUUCAACCUGUCUCUUUGUUUGUUUUAAUUGUUUUAUAUAUUUUUUGUGUUGUCUUUUUAACCUCCUACCGUUAGACUUUGGAGCGUAAAUCUAGAAACAAUAUCUGCAUGAUCAGGAGAGAGUUUCCCCCAUGCAUGUUUAGUUAUCCUAGAAAUAUACCCUGUUGCAGAAAAUGCAGUACAAUGCAAAUGGAGUGUUGUGUGCAAAGUUUAAGGUGGAAAGACAAAGAGCAUUUUGAUAUUUUGCCGUAUUUUAAAUGAAAUUGAGUCAAAUUUUGUAAUUUUACUGCAUUCUGUCUUUAAGUCUUGCUUUUAGACAAUCAGUGUCAACAUAGUUUAUGCAAUGAAAAGUCCAUCUACGUAGCCUCUCUUGUGGCGAUAUAGCGUUUCCAUGCUGUGGUUAGGUUUUGAGAGGGAAAGGCUUCUCCCUUGUCCUUUUUUAACCCCAAACCUCUUUAACCACUCGAGCACAGGGAUAUAUCUUUGUCUAAGGUGCCUUUAGGAUAUACAGUAAUGAUGGGUUUAUUUUCGGGUAACUUCUGAAAUAUUUGGUCUCUUUCUGCAGAGUUCUUGCAGUACAGACUCUUGCUGUAACUUCAUAUUUUGUAUGUAUCACAUUUUCAGCUUUAAAAUGCAGUUUUAUGCUUUUUGUGUCAAAGGAAAGUACUGUAAUC